GCCGUCAUAAUUUAAAAGUCAAACUACGCCUACUAUAUAUUCGCUACUAGUACGAUUCUCAAUCCCCGCGUUGAGAGACAAGUUGCUUUUCCUGUUUGUUUCCUGGGAAAAUACUUCUCUCGCUCUCUCGUACCCUUUCGUUCUUGUGCUAACAAAUCCGAUGGCUCGUACGAAGCAAACCGCUCGUAAAUCGACCGGAGGCAAGGCGCCGAGGAAGCAGCUUGCCACCAAGGCUGCUCGCAAGUCUGCUCCGACAACUGGUGGAGUGAAGAAGCCUCACAGAUACAGACCUGGAACCGUCGCUCUGCGUGAAAUUCGCAAGUACCAAAAGAGUACUGAACUCCUGAUCAGGAAACUUCCGUUUCAGAGGCUUGUUCGUGAGAUUGCGCAAGAUUUCAAGACUGACCUGAGGUUCCAGAGCCAUGCAGUCUUGGCAUUGCAGGAGGCAGCGGAGGCAUACCUUGUUGGGUUGUUUGAAGAUACCAAUCUCUGCGCAAUUCAUGCAAAGCGUGUCACUAUAAUGCCUAAAGACAUUCAGCUUGCAAGGAGAAUUAGAGGGGAGAGGGCUUAAGCUUGUAGGUGGUGAGGCUAUGUGAGGCAAAGUUAAUUGUUCUUAGUGAUGCUAAGGGUAACCUUUUUAGCAGUGUUUUCUUUGUUAAAACCAUAUAGUUAUGUUGUCAUUCCCUGUGGAAACUAAAAGUUUGGUGCAAUGGAUUGGAUUAUGUACAUAGGUUUAUAUGCCUUGAUACAGUCUUUUGCUUUUUUGGUGCUAA